AUGCCUAGAGCCGCACAACGAGUGGUUUCCACCCGCGCAAGGAGUUUGUUGGCAGAUAGGAAAGGCCAAGAUCCGAACUUGACGUCCCAAGGAGUCUCUGUUCAUCUUCGUUCAAGGCAGGACGCAUUUGACCGAGUGGAGACAGCUGUGGAAGCAGCAAUCCCUUGCCUCCUGGAGGAGAUAAGCUUUACGUAA